ACGCUGUGCUCGUGCACGUCCAGUCCUGACAGGAAGGUCAGAGAUAUGUUUCCAAACAUGGAUUUUUAAAGCUGGACAAAUACAAACAAACAAAGAGAAAAAAACUAGGGGAUAAAUUAAACGUUGUUUUUUGUUUAUUAAAGUACUAAGCUAACAGGCUAGCUGUUACGUGUGUGUGCGUGUAAGUGUCGCACUCUAGGUGUUAGCAUGAGCUCGAGCUCCGGACAGGGACAGGGACAGGGACAGGGAGCCCCCGCGGCGCUCGCGGUCACCGCCGAGUCUCCGGUUCGAGGCGUCUCCGUGACGGGGAACAUCAGGAGACUCUUGAGCCACGUGCGGGUUGAAAACCUGGCCGCUGGGCUGAGUGGGGGUGUGGUGUCCACCAUGGUGCUGCACCCGCUGGACCUGGUCAAAAUCAGGUUUGCAGUGAGUGACGGCUUGGAGCUGAGGCCGAAGUACCACAGCAUCUGGCACUGCAUGAGGAGCAUCUGGCAGCAGGAAGGAGUUCGCGGCUUGUACCAGGGGGUCACCCCGAACGUCUGGGGUGCCGGAGCUUCGUGGGGUCUUUAUUUCUUGUUUUAUAAUGCCAUCAAGGCGUACGUCAAGGAGGGACGUCAGACGGAGCUGAGUCCAACGGAGCACCUGGUGUCUGCAGCAGAAGCAGGAGCCAUUACUCUCUGCCUGACGAACCCGAUCUGGGUGACGAAGACACGCUUGGUUCUGCAGUACAGCACCGAUCCGAGCCAGAAGAUGUACAGGGGCAUGGUGGACGCACUGGUGAAGAUCUACAGACAGGAAGGAGUAGCGGGACUCUAUCGGGGUUUCGUUCCCGGCCUUUUCGGGACGUCUCACGGAGCUCUGCAGUUCAUGGCAUACGAAGAGCUGAAGAGAGACUACAACAAAUACAGGAACAUGCAUUCAGACGCUAAACUGAAUCCAUUUGAGUACAUUACAAUGGCAGCUUUGUCCAAAAUCUUCGCCGUGGCCACUACAUACCCGUACCAGGUGAUCCGAGCUCGCUUGCAGGAUCAGCACACGAGCUACGACGGCGUGGUCGACGUCAUCCGCAGGACGUGGAGGAAUGAAGGUUAUCUAGGCUUCUACAAAGGCAUGGUGCCAAACCUGCUCCGGGUGACGCCAGCCUGCUGCAUCACAUUCGUGGUGUACGAGACGGUGUCCGGCUUCCUCCUGGACCAGAACAAAUGAGGAAAAGAAGACGCGGGCAAUCACAGCAAGUUAGCGCCGAGGGAGACGCUAGGUUAGCAAGGAGAAUGAGCUCUCGCUGGGCCACGACGCGGAACAGAUACCAAGCGAGCGUAAAGAUGAGGGUUCUCAUGACGGAGACAUGUUGCGGCUUUGUACAAAGCUUAUACAAGGAACUGGUGCUGCUAUGAGUUUACAUGUGUAAAAUACAUUGGGAAGUGUGUGUGUGUGUGUGUGUGUGUAGACAAGACAAACAGAACUGAUGCAAUGAAUCAAUGCAUUCAAAUAAAACCAAAAU